AAUUCAUCAUGGCAUCUCUUUGUUUAUCGUGCAAUUCUCUGGCACAAUUGAUCUCUCAACUGGAAUGUGCUAUAAAUGUAGAGUGGGGUGAAAUUUUUCAGUUGAAGAUUUUUCAGGGUAAAAUAUGCAGAUUCAGCAACACAGUUAGAGUUUCACAAAUUCAUGUCAGAUUUGCUGCAUUGUGUUGGUCAGGAAAAAAAUCUCACACAAAAUAAUUCUGCAAAAAUCAACAUACAUGUUUUUGGAUUGACAUGACAUUUCAUUGCAAAAUAUCCUGUACUUUUAUUUAUUUUUUUAAAAUUAGAACCACUAAAAUGCUUGAAAUCAAAACAAAUAUUUUGUUUACCCUAAAACACAAUGUUUCUUUGACCUGUUUUUAUUUUUAUUUUUUUAUUUUGACAUUGAAAAUUUUGAAAAAAAUAUAUUUUUGGUUCAACUCAAAACAAGUUUGUCGCCCCAGUUUUUUGGAAUUGCAAUGAAACAAAAAUUUCUGUUAUUCACAGAACUAUAUAAAUGUCUUUGCUUGUUUAUUUAUAAGUCUUGAUUUUGUACAAUGGACUUCAUUAUUCACCAGUCAUGACUGUGACUGUAACUUCCUUCUCCUCCCCCCACAGCUUUUCUAUAAAGUUAUGAACUGAAACCAUGGAGCAGAGGAAUCACACGGUGGUGACGGAAUUUGUUCUACUUGGACUUUCCCACGUUGGACAGACGCAGCUUGUAUUUUUUGUCCUGUUCUGUCUGUCCUAUGUGGCAAUUGUUCUGGGCAAUCUCCUCAUCAUUGUCACCAUAAAGGCCAAUUCCUGUCUGACCUCACUCAUGUACUUCCUCCUCUGCAACCUGUCAUUCGUUGAUCUCUACUAUGCUUCCGUCAUUUCCCCUAGGAUGUUGGCUGACCUGCUCUCCCAGAGGAAGACCAUUUCCUUCAAUGGCUGUAUGGCCCAGCUCUUCCUCCUGCACUUCAUGGGAGAAACAGAGAUGUUCCUCCUAAAAAUGAUGGCUUACGACCGCUAUGUCACUAUCUGCAAGCCAGUGCUCUACAUGUCCAUCAUGAGCCGGCCCAUGUGCUGCAUGCUGGUGGCAGUUUGUUGGGUGGGGGGCUUUGUCCAUUCCAUUGUGCAGACCAUUAUUACCAUCCACCUCCCAUUCUGUGGUCCCAGUAAGAUUGAUAACUACUUCUGUGAUGUGGCCCCUGUCAUCAGACUCACCUACACCAAUAUCUAUGUUAUUGAGUUGCUCAUGCUCUCCAACAGUGGCCUGAUCUCCCUGGCUCGCUUCCUGGUGCUGCUUGUCUCCUAUACAGUCAUCCUAGUCACGGUCGGGCUUUGCCUCAGAGAUGGAACGUAG